GGUUGAAGGAUCUCUUUAAAGCUACAAAAAUGAUUCAUUGUUUUCCAUUUGCUAACGACAAUCAUCACAACUCUUAACUAUAAAUACCCAUCCCACUUACUACAAUCAACAGAAAAUACUACUAAUUAUCCCCAACAGAAUGGCACAAAAAUUUCUCUUAAUUUUCCUAACAAUAACAUUAAGUGCUUUAUCUACUUUAAAUGUGAUUGCCCAACCAUUAUUUCCUGCCAUUCUCAUAUUUGGUGAUUCAAUAGUAGAUACCGGCAACAACAAUUUCAUCGUCUCAAUUUUAUCACCAAAUAGAGCUGACCAUCCUCCUUAUGGUAAAGAUUUCCCUACCCAUAAGCCAACCGGUCGAUUCUCGAAUGGGAAACUCGUCCCAGACCUUUUGGCCGAGACGUUAGGGCUGAAGGAGAGUGUACCCCCGUUUUUGGAUCUAGGUCUUUUGGAUAAGGAUCUGAUCACGGGUGUAAAUUUUGGGUCUGCAGGGUCCGGGUUUGAUGAUCUAACUAGUGUGUCAACUAGGGGAAUCUCAAUGACAAAACAGGUUGAGUACUUUAAAAAGUACAUACAGAAGAUUGGAAUGAUUGUAGGGGAAAAGAAAGCUAAAGAGAUAAUAAAGAAGGCUUUAGUUGUAAUCAAUGCUGGGACUAAUGACUUUGUGAUUAAUUACUAUGAUCUGCCUACUAGAACGCUUCAGUACAAUAUAACUGGGUACCAAGAUUUUGUUCUCAAUAGAGUUCAGAGCUUUAUUGAGGAGUUGCAUGAACUCGGAUGUCGUACCAUGAUAGUGUCUGGGCUUCCUCCUAUUGGUUGUCUUCCAAUUCAGAUGACUGCACGAUUCGAACUCCCAAAAGCAAGGAAGUGUUUAGAUGACCAGAAUUCAGAUGCCAAGUCAUAUAAUCAGAAGCUGAAGAAACUCUUACCUCAUACACAAGCAUCAUUUACAGGAACUCGGAUAUUAUAUGCAGACAUAUACACCCCGUUUAUGGAUCUAGUGACCAAUUCAGAAGAUAACGGAUUCAAAGUGAUAGAUAGAGGGUGUUGCGGAACAGGAUAUAUUGAGACAGGGAGCCUUUGUAAUGUACUAACACCAACAUGUAAGAACGCUUCCGAGUUUAUGUUUUGGGACAGUGCUCAUCCCACAGAAGCAGUCUACCAGUAUGUUCAUGAUUAUUUGGUCGAAGAGCUUGGUCCUCAAUUAAUUGAUGGUCCCAAGGUUUCUGUUUCUGAAUAAUAUGCGUAUUCUUCAGAUUGUAUUGUAAUGUAUGUAUGAUAUGUAUCACCUUUCAAUCAUGUCAGCAAGCCAAGAGUUAUAGCAGUUUAUACAUGAAUCCCAACAUACAAAACCGCAGAAUGAUUUAUGAAUACGUCAAAUU